AUGAGAGUUAAGAUAUAUUGUGGAGGAGACACAGGGAAUAUUAUUAGUGCUACGAAGAAAAGGAACACUUUUUGGAGUGAAAUGAAUGGGGUAAUGCAAGAGCUGGAAGAGCAUGAGAGGGUUAUAGCGGGAGCAGAUUUGAGUGGUCAUGGUGAAAGUGAAAAUGAUGUAUUUGGGCGUGUGCAUGGAGGACUUGGAGUUGGGAAGAGAAACCCAGAGGCAGAGAGCAUAUUAGUCUUUACCAUGUCAGGCAAUAGUAAACACAUUUUUCAAAAAGAAAAGAGAGCACCUGAUAACUUCCAAGAUUGGCGCAGAUGCUCACAGAUAGAUUACUGCUUCUACUGA